GAUAACGGUUAUCGAAUAUAGUUGUUUUCCAUCGAUUUCUUUUUUGCUCCAACAGCUGACCGAGAUCCGAUUCACAGAGAAGCACAGCAGUCCUGUAAAGUGUAUUUGAAUCGUCUCAGCAGAACAACACCCGCCAGGAGUGGGCCGUUUCGCGCAUUCUCGAUUCCCGAUGAGCUCGAGCGGCGGAGGCGGAGGCGGAGGAGCCCCAGUCUCCGGAGGUGCAGGUGGGGCAGGUGCAGCGGGUGGUGCAGAGGCGGCUCCUGCUGUUGCGCCCGAGGCCCCCCGAGGUGGCGCAGCGGCGGCUGUAGGGGAGGGUGACGCAGCUACUCCACCACCAUCCCCGCCAGCAAAUCCCAAUGAGAGUCCAUUGGAGAGUCCCGUGAACGGCACAAACCCCAAUGAUGAUCAGGAUGCCAAACGACGCAAGUGUCUGGAGGUGGACGACGCCCAGGAUGGAGCCAGCACUAUGGUCGAUGCCAAUAGCGUUCUCAACAAGAUCGCUAACCUGUACGCUGAAAAGCUUAUGUCGGACAUUGUGCUGCUGGUUGACGGAAAGGAGUAUCCGGCACACCGGGUCAUCCUGUGCGCCAGCAGCGAUGUAUUCCAAGUGAUGCUGAUGAAUCCGGAGUGGAACGAGUGCAGUAAACGAGUUAUUGAGCUGCACGAGGAGGCAUGCUGCUCGGCGGUGUUCCCGCAGUUCAUUAAGUACCUGUAUGUCGGACAUAUUGCGGUCACCCUGCAGACGGUGAUGCCGAUGCUGGCGCUUAGCGACAAGUACAAUGUGCGCGACCUGAUAGACCUCUGCGUCGGCUACAUGACGAAGCAUGUAGCGAAGGCGGCCACCAGCGGCUACCUGGUCUCGUGGCUGCAGUACACGCUCUCCUUCACGCCCACCCACAACGAUCUCACCGAGACACUGAAGCGGUUCCUCAAAUGGAACCUGGAGAUGGUGGCCGAGUCGCGUGACUUUGUGGAAAUGGAUCCGGCCAUAAUGCAGCUCCUUCUGCAGCAGAACGACAUAGUCAUCACCAGCGAGUACAAACUGUUUGCCAUUGUGCAGACCUGGCUCUUGCACCGGCGCGAGCAAAUGGAGGCGACCUCCGGCUCCGCGGCCAGUUGUAACGCCAGCUUCAUGGAGCUCAUCGAACAGACGGUAACGCACAUCCGUUUCGGAAUGAUGACGCCGCAGGAACUGUCGCAUCUGUCGUUGAUGGAGCCGCUGAUCGAGUAUCACAAGGAGUUCCUCGUCGAUCGCAUAGCCAUUGGGAUGAGCUACCAGUCCGGACAGGAGGAUCGAGUGCGGGAGGUGCGAGCCACCGAAUCCGGUGAACUGCAGUUUACGCCGCGCCUCUACUGGAACGACACCUGGAGCGUAGACAUAGAUGUGCACAAUUUCGACGAGAUCGAGGACUACAAGAACUACGUGAAGCUCUUCUUUUCGCAGCGUCACAUCGCCGAGGUGGAGGAUGAUCCCUGUACCACCUGGGAGAUAGAGUUCUUUCCGCGCGGUGUCAUGUACAACAAGGCCAAGAUGGUGUGCGGCGAGGAUGUACCAGGCUGCUCCCUGAAUACGGUUCGCUUGCGAGUGACCUGCAAGCACCAGAACAUAGGCGAGGAGCGAUUCAAGAUUGCUGUGCUGAUCGUUGGCGUGCAGAACACGAUCUCACAUAUCCGCACGGUGGUGGAGCGCACGGAAUACUUCUCGGACACGUCGCGCGUCAUCAAUUUGGACAACCUGCUGCCGUACGAGGAGCUGGAGCACACAUCCCCCUACUUGAGUCCCCAUUUGACGGGCAAUCAGCGGAACACACUCACCCUGCACGUCCUCAUCACGCCCAUGGGUGCUCACACGUGCCGCGAUGCGCCGCCGUUUCAGUUUUAGGCACCCAGCCGAUCCCUGAUCCUGCCGACAUCUCCCGACAUAAUUUCAUUCUUCCAUUAUAUUUUUUAUGUAUGUAUAAAUCCAAAAUGCGACUGCUCCUACACUACCCUUGGGCUCAACGAGUGGCGGGAUGAAUCUGAGAAUCCAUACCAUCUAUCCAUUCCCGCCGCCAUAUGUUAAGUUUUUCUUUUUUUGAUUUUUUUUUUUUUUUUUUUUUAAUUUUAUCCUCACUGAGUUAUAUGGCGCUAGACUUUGGACACAAAAGUCUUUCAGCUCCAGUGAACCCCCAGGCUAAGGUAUAAGAUUAUGCAAUAAAUGUCACCAUUUAGAAACGAACCACAAAGCCCCCCGCCCCCCCAUCCUGUUCUCUGAACGGACGCGAGUCUCUCGGUUUCAGGCUGAAAUUUUCAAGAAACUCGUCGCAUCAUGUCGCAUUCAUGUUUUACAGCCAAUAGGCGUUGCGUUGUGUGUGUGUGUGUGUGUUGCCCGUUGGGUGGGUUGAUCCAUUUACGAGUGCGUUUACAGUACGGGAUCAACCUGUCGCGUCUUAAGGAAUCAUCACGAUUAUCUUUAUGGGCGACGAACGCUGGGAGUGACUUGGCCAUAAUAGAGCGCUCUCUCUUAUGGAAACUUAUGGCUGGAUCUAUUGGGAUUGAAGUCUCCAGAUCGCCCAGACUCGGUGAAACGAAUAUAAAUCGGUGUAUUAUAUAGAAGAAGUCAUCAAUCGAAUUAAUGUUGAAAUAAAUGUAGUGAUUGUUGAUCGAGUUUAUGUUUUCUAUGGACUGAAUUAUAAAGAGUUACUAUCAUACUUACAAUUAGAUAUUAAUCACCUAUCAAAUGACAUUAGUUUUUAAUCUCUGUAUCGCCCUCUCAUGAAAUUGGUCAGCUUUUAAUAAGAAUUUGUAAAAUAUAUAUGUAUAUGUAAUGUAUGGUAGAUACUAUAUUUCCCCCAGUGUGUGAGUCUGAAAAAAUAUAGAUCCUAUCGCGAUAUCCGAUGAUCAUAAUUGUAAAUUAAAAAUGUUACAAAUUACCUACUAUAUAAAUGUGUAUACAAAAUGAGUAUUUACAAG